AUUUGGGGGCCCUCUUUUAAAACGACCAUCUCCCCCUCCUCUCUCUCCAGGACCCGGCUGGGAUUUUCGAGCUGGUGGAAGUGGUUGGAAAUGGCACCUAUGGACAAGUCUAUAAGGGUCGACAUGUUAAAACAGGUCAGCUGGCGGCCAUCAAGGUUAUGGAUGUCACUGAGGAUGAAGAGGAAGAAAUAAAACUGGAGAUAAAUAUGCUGAAGAAAUAUUCUCAUCAUAGAAAUAUUGCAACAUACUAUGGUGCUUUCAUUAAAAAGAGCCCUCCAGGACAUGAUGACCAACUCUGGCUUGUUAUGGAGUUUUGUGGGGCUGGGUCCAUCACAGACCUUGUGAAGAACACCAAAGGGAACACACUCAAAGAAGACUGGAUUGCCUACAUCUCCAGAGAAAUCCUCAGGGGCCUGGCACAUCUCCACGUUCACCACGUUAUUCACCGAGAUAUCAAGGGGCAGAAUGUGCUGCUGACCGAGAAUGCGGAGGUGAAACUUGUUGAUUUUGGUGUGAGCGCUCAGCUGGACAGGACGGUUGGCCGGAGAAAUACAUUCAUAGGCACACCCUACUGGAUGGCUCCUGAGGUCAUUGCCUGCGAUGAGAACCCAGACGCUACUUAUGACUACAGGAGUGAUCUUUGGUCUUGUGGCAUCACAGCAAUUGAGAUGGCAGAAGGUGCCCCCCCUCUCUGUGACAUGCAUCCCAUGAGAGCACUGUUUCUCAUCCCUAGAAACCCUCCUCCCAGACUGAAGUCAAAAAAAUGGUCAAAGAAAUUUUUCAGCUUUAUAGAAGGCUGCCUGGUGAAGAAUUACAUGCAGCGGCCCUCUACAGAGCAGCUUUUGAAACACCCUUUCAUAAGGGACCAGCCCAAUGAAAGGCAGGUUCGAAUCCAGCUGAAGGAUCAUAUAGACCGGACCAGGAAGAAGAGGGGGGAGAAAGAUGAAACCGAGUAUGAGUACAGCGGGAGUGAGGAGGAAGAGGAGGAAGUGCCUGAACAGGAAGGAGAGCCAAGUUCCAUUGUCAAUGUGCCUGGAGAGUCGACUCUGCGCCGUGAUUUCCUGAGACUGCAGCAGGAGAACAAGGAGCGUUCUGAGGCUCUGCGGAGACAGCAGCUUCUCCAGGAGCAGCAGCUCCGGGAGCAGGAGGAGUAUAAGAGGCAGCUGUUGGCGGAGAGGCAGAAACGGAUUGAACAGCAGAAGGAACAGAGGAGGCGGCUGGAAGAGCAACAAAGAAGAGAGCGUGAAGCCAGGAGGCAGCAGGAGCGAGAGCAGCGAAGGCGAGAACAAGAAGAAAAGAGGCGUCUAGAGGAACUGGAGAGGAGGCGCAAAGAAGAAGAGGAGAGGAGAAGGGCUGAGGAGGAGAAGAGGAGAGUGGAGCGGGAGCAGGAGUACAUCAGGCGGCAGCUAGAGGAGGAGCAGCGGCACCUGGAAAUCCUGCAGCAGCAGCUGCUCCAGGAGCAGGCCAUGUUACUGGAGUGCCGAUGGCGGGAGAUGGAGGAGCACCGGCAGGCAGAGAGGCUCCAGAGGCAGUUGCAACAAGAACAAGCAUAUCUCCUGUCUCUACAGCACGACCACAGGAGGCCGCACCCGCAGCAGCAGCCGCAGCAGCCGCAGCAGGAUAGGAGCAAGCCAAGCUAUCAUGCUCCAGAGCCCAAGCCUCACUACGACCCUGCUGACAGAGCUCGGGAGGUGGAAGAUAGAUUUAGAAAGACUAACCACAGCUCCCCUGAGGCCCAGUCUAAGCAAACAGGCAGAGGAUUGGAGCCGCCGGUGCCUUCCCGAUCAGAAUCUUUUUCCAAUGGCAACUCCGAGUCUGUGCACCCUGCCCUGCAGAGACCAGCGGAGCCACAGGUACAGUGGUCCCACCUGGCAUCUCUCAAGAACAAUGUUUCCCCUGUCUCGAGAUCCCAUUCCUUCAGUGACCCUUCUCCUCCCAAAUUCGCACACCACCAUCUUCGCUCUCAGGACCCAUGUCCACCUUCCCGCAGUGAGGUGCUCAGUCAAAGCUCUGACUCUAAGUCAGAGCUACCUGACCCCACCCAAAAGGCUUGGUCUAGAUCAGACAGUGACGAGGUGCCUCCAAGGGUUCCUGUGAGAACAACAUCUCGUUCCCCUGUCUUAUCCCGUCGGGAUUCCCCACUGCAGAGCAGUGGGCAGCAAAAUAGCCAAGCAGGACAGAGAAACUCCACCAGCAGUAUUGAGCCCCGGCUCCUAUGGGAGAGAGUGGAGAAGCUGGUCCCCAGGCCCGGCAGUGGCAGCUCCUCAGGGUCCAGCAACUCAGGAUCCCAGCCUGGCUCCCAUCCUGGGUCUCAGAGCGGCUCUGGUGAACGCUUCAGAGUGAGAUCAUCGUCCAAGUCUGAAGGCUCUCCAUCUCAGCGCCUUGAAAAUGUAGCCAAAAAACCUGAGGAAAAGAAAGAAGUAUUUCGACCUCUCAAGCCUGCUGGUGAAGUGGACUUGACUGCAUUGGCCAAAGAGCUUCGAGCAGUGGAAGAUGUUCGACCACCUCACAAAGUGACAGACUACUCUUCCUCCAGUGAGGAGUCUGGGACCACGGAUGAGGAGGAGGAGGACGUGGAGCAGGAGGGGCCUGAUGACUCCACCUCAGGACCGGAGGACACCAGAGCAGCGUCAUCUCUGAAUCUGAGCAAUGGGGAAACAGAAUCUGUGAAAACUAUGAUUGUUCAUGAUGAUGUGGAAAGUGAGCCAGCCAUGACCCCAUCCAAGGAGGGCACCCUGAUCGUCCGCCAGAGUACAGUUGACCAAAAGCGUGCCAGCCAUCAUGAGAGCAAUGGCUUUGCCGGUCGCAUUCACCUCUUGCCAGAUCUCUUACAGCAAAGCCAUUCCUCCUCCACUUCCUCCACCUCCUCCUCCCCAUCCUCCAGCCAGCCGACACCCACCAUGUCCCCACAGACACCCCAGGACAAGCUCACUGCUAAUGAGACUCAAUCCGCUAGUAGCACACUCCAGAAACACAAAUCUUCCUCCUCCUUUACACCUUUUAUAGACCCCAGGUUACUACAGAUUUCUCCAUCUAGUGGAACGACAGUUACUUCCGUGGUGGGAUUUUCCUGUGAUGGAAUGAGACCAGAAGCCAUAAGGCAAGAUCCUACUCGGAAAGGCUCGGUGGUCAAUGUGAACCCCACCAACACUAGACCACAGAGCGACACCCCUGAGAUUCGUAAAUACAAGAAGAGGUUUAACUCGGAGAUACUGUGUGCUGCCUUAUGGGGGGUGAAUUUGCUAGUUGGCACAGAGAGCGGUCUGAUGCUCUUGGACAGAAGUGGCCAAGGGAAAGUGUAUCCUCUGAUCAACAGAAGACGGUUCCAGCAGAUGGAUGUUCUCGAGGGCCUGAAUGUCUUGGUGACAAUAUCUGGCAAAAAGGAUAAGUUACGUGUCUACUAUUUAUCCUGGUUAAGAAAUAAAAUCCUUCAUAAUGACCCAGAAGUUGAGAAGAAGCAAGGGUGGACCACUGUGGGCGAUUUGGAAGGAUGCGUACACUAUAAAGUGGUAAAAUAUGAAAGAAUCAAAUUUCUGGUAAUUGCUUUGAAGAGUUCUGUGGAAGUCUAUGCGUGGGCACCGAAGCCAUAUCACAAGUUUAUGGCCUUUAAGUCAUUUGGAGAACUGGUACAUAAACCAUUACUGGUGGAUCUCACUGUUGAGGAAGGCCAGAGGUUGAAAGUGAUCUAUGGAUCUUGUGCUGGAUUCCAUGCUGUUGAUGUGGAUUCAGGCUCAGUCUAUGACAUUUAUCUACCAACACACGUAAGAAAGAACCCACACUCUAUGAUUCAGUGUAGCAUCAAACCCCAUGCAAUCAUUAUUCUCCCCAACACGGAUGGAAUGGAGCUUCUGGUGUGCUAUGAAGAUGAGGGGGUUUAUGUAAACACGUAUGGAAGGAUCACCAAGGAUGUGGUUCUGCAGUGGGGAGAGAUGCCAACAUCUGUAGCAUAUAUCCGAUCGAACCAGACCAUGGGCUGGGGAGAGAAGGCGAUCGAGAUACGGUCUGUGGAAACCGGCCACUUGGAUGGUGUAUUUAUGCACAAAAGGGCUCAAAGACUAAAAUUCUUAUGUGAACGCAAUGACAAGGUGUUCUUCGCCUCUGUUCGGUCUGGUGGCAGCAGUCAGGUUUAUUUCAUGACCUUAGGCAGGACUUCUCUUCUGAGCUGGUAGAGGUGGUGUGAGCUGGGAUCACUGACCCCCGGAGUCGUCAAGACCCUUGAGAACUUGGAAUUCCUUGCAACUGGAGCUCAGAGCUGCGCCGGUGCAGCCAGGACAGCUGUAUAUGCAGGCCUCUUGCGUGUUGGGUCCUCUCCCCUCCUUCCUACACUUUUUGCCAGUUUAUUCCCAUUCUCUCCUUUUCCUUACUCGAAAAUAAAUCAAGGCUGCAUUGCAGCUGGUGCUGUUUAGACUCUA